GGCAGGAACAAGGACAGGGAAAGGCCCAGGGCAGGGGGCCGGCGGCGUAGCCGGAACGUGCCGGGACGUGCCGGGAGCCCCGGUUGUGGAACCGGGACGAGCCCCGGGAACGGGCGCUGGCUGGCGCGGGGCGUCGUGGGCAGGAGGCGGCCGGGAUGGAGAAGUCCCCGCAGCCCCCGCCAGGCGAGGAGGAGGAUGAAGGCGAGGAUGAGGAUGAUGAGGAGGACAUGGCGGGGGACGCCGACGACAUCCUGUGCUAUGAGGAGCGCAUUGCUGGGCUGCUGACGACGGUGGCCCGGCUGCACCGGAGAGCCGAGCAGCUGCAGCGCCGCAUGGGCAGGGAGGAUGAGGAGGGCUGGGAGGGCACCGCCAGCCUCCCUGCUGCCGACCCACAGCCCCGGCGCAUCGACGGCACGCGCGACGCCGCCGGCAGCCUGGAAGCCCGCGGCCCCGACCUCUUUGCGGACCUGCAGCACGCCGUGAGCUCGCUGGAGCGCGCCGUCUUCUCCCGGCACCGGUGGGCACCGGCGCAGCCUUUGCCCGGCGAGGAGUGGGCGCGGGCAGCCAAGAGCCUGGAGCAGCUGGAUCGGACACCGGGCUGGGCCGGGAGGACGACGUGCCGGGGCCUGGAGGAGGGAGCAGGCGAGGGGCUGCCGGCGGAGGAGGCGGCGGUGGCGGCGGCAUCGGCGAGGAACGCGGCACUGCGGGCAGCCCUGGGGCGCCGGGACGAGGAGCUGAACCGGGUGACCACCUCGCUGCGGGCGCUGCGGGGGGAGCGCGACCGGCUGCAGCAGAAGGUCCAGGACCUGCGGGAUGCUCUGUCCAGGCUGGAGGAGCUGGGGGGCUCCGGCAGCGACGGCCCUGCGCUCGGCAGCCCCCCAGGGCAGGAGGACCCCCGGCUGCCCCAGGACUUGCCCCAGUGCGGCGAUGGCGUUCAGCCCCACGGUGUGCCGCCCCACAGCCCCCUCUCCCCCCAACCCUCGGAGGGUCCCAGCCGGGAGCAGGAGGAGCGGGUGCAGCAGCUGCAGGGGUCCCUGGGGAGGCUGCAGGAGGUGAACCGGCAGCUGGCGGCCGCGCUGCAGGAGUGCAAGAGCGAUGCGGAGCGGCUCAGCAUGGUGCUGGGCCAGCACGAGUCCCGCAGCACCGCCCUGCGCCUGGCCCUGCGCUGCAGCGAGCGCUGCGGGGGGGCCUACGCCGCCCUCCUCGACCUGAUGCGGGCAAAGCUGGGCAGGGAGGAGGAUGGUGCCCGUGGCGGAGCCGGAGGGGAGCAGAGCCCGGGACACGGAUGGGGGUCCAGCCCCACGCCGACGGAGGGGCCGCAGUUCCCUGGCCGAGCAGAGCCAGAUGGCCAGGAGGAGAGCGGAGAGAGCGGCUCCCCCAGGCUGCAGAGCAUCCCGGCACCCCACGGGAUGGAGGAGGGGGCCCUGCGUGAGCACAUCCGUCGGCUGCGUGCGGAGCAGGCGGCCGUGGAAGCGUCCCUGCACGACGCCCCGGGACCCACCAGCACCCACCGCAGCGAGGACGCCCGAGCCCGGGCUGAGCGGGUGCUGCGGGAAGCCAGGGCUCUCCUGCCCGGCUGGAGGCGACCAGAGAAAGCGGAGCUGUUGCAGGAUUUGGCGACGCUCAAGGAGGCCAUGGCUGACCUGAAGACUCAGCUACAGCUGGCGGAGAGGGAGAAGCGGGGCCUGGAGGUGCUGGUGGCCGGGCAGGGGCCGCGGGAGGCUGCGCUGCGCCUGGUGCUCCAGCACCUGGAGCAGGAGCGGGACAAGGGGCCUAGCCACCCCCCCAGCCCCCCCAGCAGCUCCAGCAGCAGCGAGGAGGAUGCCCAAACUGGCCGGGUGGGAGCGGCUGCUCCCCGGCACCCUCCGGACCCAGAGAGGAUGGGGGAAGAACUGCUCCGCACCCUGGCCCGGGUGGAGGAGCUGCGCACCCGAGCACAGGCACUGGUGCUGUCCCUGGAGCAGAGCAGCGCCGUCAGCCGCGCGCAGCAGGCGCAGUGCGUCACCGUCACCGCAGACUUCUUCCACGCUCACAGGUGGGCAGGAGGCACCCGCUUCUCCGCUGGGCAGGCGUUGGGUGCCUUCCUGCAUGACCUGGUUGCACAUCCACCCCUGCUUGCCCCAGAUGCACGGUCCCUUCCUGCACACCCCAAAGCUACGGUCCCUUCUUGCACACCCCCAAUGUGUGGUCCCUAUCCGCACACCCCAAAAUUGCAGUCCCUUCCUGCAUACCCCAAAAGCUUGGUCCCUUCUUGCACACCCCAAAACUGUGGUCACAUCUUGCACGCCCCUGAUGCGCGGUCCCUUCUUGCACGCCCCAAAACCGUGGUCACAUCUUGCACGCCCCUGAUGUGCAGUCCCUUCUUGCACGCCCCAAAACCGUGGUCACACCUUGCACGCCCCUGAUGCGCGGUCCCUUCUUGCACGCCCCAAAACCGUGGUCACAUCUUGCACGCCCCUGAUGUGCGGUCCCUUCUUGCACACCCCAAAACCGUGGUCACACCUUGCACGCCCCUGAUGCGCGGUCCCUUCUUGCACGCCCCAAAACCGUGGUCACACCUUGCACGCCCCUGAUGCGCGGUCCCUUCUUGCACGCCCCAAAA